UCACACGACCUGGUGUGGGGGGGGGGUGACGCCUGGUACUGAAACUAGAUGUUGACACCGGCAGGCGAGGGGUGGGUGGGAGAGAGAGAGGCUUGGCUUCGGUUGAACCUGAGCCGUCACCUUCCGCCUCCUCUAGAUCUCACGGUCGGUGUCUCUGGCUCAGAUGUUGGGGUGGUGCCCUUAUUUUGUUUUUGCUAGAUCCAGGGCUCGCCAUGGCACAAGGAAGCAUAGUGCCGUUCCCCACCUUGAAGCUACUGUUGAUUGGAGACAGCUCAGUGGGAAAAUCCAGCCUCUUGCUGAGAUUCACUGAUAACCAGUUUCAACCAUACCUCAAUCCAACCAUUGGUGUUGAUUUUAAAGUGAAGAAGAUGGUGGUUCGUGACCUCCCUCUGCAGCUAGCGAUAUGGGACACCGCAGGGCAGGAGCGAUUUCGAACGCUGACUCCUAGCUAUUACAGAGGUGCUCACGGUGUAAUUUUAGUUUAUGAUGUCACCAGGAGAGAGACUUUUCUGGCACUGGAUAGCUGGCUGGAGGAGCUGGAGAUGUAUACAAAGAAGAAUGUUGUGAAGAUGUUGGUGGGCAACAAAAUUGAUGAGCCUGACCGUGAGGUAGAAAGACGGGAAGGCUUGCUGUUUGCUCAGAAACACUCCAUGCUGUUUGUGGAGGCCAGCGCUAAAAUGAGGGAUGGAGUCCAAGAAGCCUUUGAGGAAGUGGUCGUAAGGAUCCUGCAGACUCCAGAACUGUGGCAUGUCAGAAGGGAGGGAGGGAAGUUGGCAGGGAACCAAGGACUUAAAGAAGCUGAUGCCUGCAGUGGUGCAUACUGCACUCUUAUUUGAAACCCAACCAUCUUCAAAUAAAAGCUGCUCAGGUCAACGAUACCUCAGAGGUUGACGUGUCCCUCUUGCACUGUCAUCAUUCCUGCCUUCUAUCUUCUCUCAAGAAGAUGGCCAUGUUGGUAUAUUAUUGCCUGCUCCCCUCAUCCCUUUGCCAAGUUGAGAAAAUGCCCAAGGGUAGCCAAAAACAAAAACAAAAAACAAAACAAAACUCCAGGGUGGGUGUGUUGUGGCCCUUCAGAGAUAGAGCUCCCAGUCAGCCCUGGGAAACAUGGUGCAUGGUGUGGGGUUGUGGGGCUUGCAGGCCAUACGGCCACAGUUGCUCAUCUUUCCUCUGAUCAAGAAAGCACUGGAGAUUUAUGGCAUCUUUGCAAUAUCUGUUCACAAACGCACAAGUAAAGGAGUUUCACAGAAGACUCUGAGUAUUUUGGAUGUUCAAGAAGAACUCUAUAAGUCAAAUCAUAGCUUCCUCCUCCUGCCUUCAUAGCUGCCCUUGAACCAUCUAGCUCAGUAAUAGGGUUCCUGAAGCCCAUGCCUUAACUACAAUGUGCAGUAUCCCCAGUCAGCAAAUGGCUGGGAAUGAUGGGGACUAGAGGUGGGCACGAACCACCAGAUCCGUGGGUCAUGCCAAUUUGUCCAUCAGAUGAGCAGGUGUUUGGCACUUCCCAGCCCGACUUCAGCAGCCCCGCUCCGAGGCAGCAGCAGCCUGGCUUCUCUGCCCCAUCUCCUUUGAGUGCUGCCUCUGAGUAAGGGCCAGCC